GGCCGCGGCGGGGCCGCUCCGGAGCCGCCAAGUUUGGCUGUGGCGGCAAAUGGGCUUGGGCGGCUCCUCGGCGGGUGGCGGUGGCGGUGGCCGUAGCGGUUCCUGCUGGCCCUGUUGAUGUCGGGGCCAGGCCCGGGGAGGAUGGCGCUCUAGAGCCCGGCCUUGCUUCUGAGGGGCCGGGGCGGGAGGGGGCCGGGGCGGGGACCGGCCAUGUCGGAGGUGACCCGGAGUCUGCUGCAGCGCUGGGGCGCCAGUUUUCGGAGAGGCGCCGACUUCGACUCGUGGGGCCAGCUGGUGGAGGCGAUAGACGAGUAUCAGAUAUUAGCAAGACAUCUACAAAAAGAGGCCCAAGCUCAACACAACAAUUCAGAAUUCACAGAAGAACAAAAGAAAACCAUAGGCAAAAUUGCAACAUGCUUGGAAUUGCGAAGUGCAGCUUUACAGUCCACACAGUCCCAAGAAGAAUUUAAACUGGAGGACCUGAAGAAGCUAGAACCAAUACUAAAGAAUAUUCUUACAUAUAAUAAAGAAUUUCCAUUUGAUGUUCAGCCUGUACCAUUAAGAAGAAUUUUAGCACCUGGUGAAGAAGAGAAUUUGGAAUUUGAAGAAGAUGAAGAAGAAGGUGGUGCUGGAGCAGGGUCUCCUGAUUCUUUUCCUGCCCGAGUUCCCGGUACUUUAUUACCUAGAUUGCCAUCAGAACCUGGAAUGACGUUACUCACUAUCAGAAUUGAGAAAAUUGGUCUAAAAGACGCUGGGCAGUGUAUUGAUCCCUAUAUUACAGUUAGUGUAAAAGAUUUGAAUGGCAUAGAUUUAACUCCUGUGCAAGAUACCCCUGUGGCUUCAAGAAAAGAAGACACAUAUGUCCAUUUUAAUGUGGAUAUUGAGCUCCAGAAGCAUGUUGAAAAAUUAACCAAAGGUGCAGCUAUCUUCUUUGAAUUUAAACACUACAAGCCUAAAAAAAGGUUUACCAGCACCAAGUGUUUUGCUUUCAUGGAGAUGGAUGAAAUAAAACCUGGACCAAUUGUAAUAGAACUAUACAAGAAACCCACUGACUUUAAACGAAAGAAAUUACAACUGUUGACCAAGAAACCACUCUAUCUUCAUCUACAUCAAACAUUGCACAAGGAAUGAUCCUGAUAUGAAUAACCUGGAACAUCUGUGAAUUUUACCACUCAGUAGAAACCAUCAUAGCUCUGUGUAGCAUAUUCCCCCUCAACAGGCAAGAAAUGAGCCGUGCCCAAGGGAGCCCUUUGCAAAGCUGUACCAGAGAACUCAAAAGUUCAGCAUAUUACUGACAUAUUAGACUCCUUUGGAUACAGGUUUAUUGUAGAUUUUGAAACAUGUUUUUACUUUUCUAACAAUCUAUUUUCUAAAUACCAUUGCGCCUACUCUGCUUCCUGGAACAAUACUGUUGUAGCAGGUGUGCUCAUCUUCAAAACUUAAUACAGCAAUAAGAAUGUGCUAAGAGUUUACACAUCUGCUCACUUUCUCUCCCAUUUGCUGUUUUGAUUUAACUUCAGAUUCUCGUUUGAGGUGGGUGGGACAGUACCAAACUACUUUUUGGAAGAAUUGGACCUGUUAUACUGCCUUGGAAGGUUAAUCUGGAAGUUUACAGGUUGCUUCUUAAAUGUGGCCUAACUUUAACCUGACCAACAGUUCUGACUAGAACUUGUGUGCCUUGGCCAGAUAAGUAUCCUAGAUGAGCGUGUUUCCCAGUUUGUAGCUGUGAUUUUUUUUUUUUCUGGAUGACCAGAUUGUCUCUCUUAAAAGUGAGCAUAUUUGUAGUCAAUGCUGAUUAGCUAUCUUCUACACCACAUUGAUAUUCUUCCUGAUAGAUUAUAGGGUUAACAUUGGAACUAUCUCAGAACAAUUAUACUUUUAGAUGGAUUUACAAUGUCUCAUAAACCAUAUAAACUAAAAUCAAAUACUAAUGUGAUACUGCAGGAACUGACUUUUUCUGGCAAUUGAUCAUAAAAUCUGAAAUCCUACAUACCUCUUCUUAGAAUGAUGGGUAUGCAAAAUCUGAAAAGAUAGUCUAUUUUUUUUAAUAUAGGUAGAUAGGAUUGCCAUUUAUUUCCUAUUUAGAUAUACUGACAUCCAUCCAUAUGAAAAUUUGCAGCUUUUUACUGUUAUUUACUUUUGGCUUAAUGAUGCAUAAAAUUUUCAUAGUACACAUGAGGUGGAUAUUUGAUACACAGAACAUUAAAUUUGUGGUGGGCUUUCUGUGGGUCAAUAUAGAACCCACAUAUUUUAAUACCUUUAAAUGAACAGUGCAUGAGGGGAAUGCAGUGUCAGUAUGUGGCCUAUUUUUGAACUAGUGUAAUAACCCGUCAAUAUGUUUGUGUUUUUUUUAAAUAAGUAAUCACAGUUGUUUUAACCCUUGCACUUCAAGAGAGUUAGUAUCUUAUUUUCAGUUGUCUGUUAGGUCAAUUGUUUACUAGAUGAAUGUUAAUAAAAACUAUAUGAGCCUGAAAGAAUUCUCAACCAAA